AUGGAUCGAGCGUGGGUUAUGCCGAAUAUCUUGACCCGUGUAUGCUCUACGGUGAAACCUGUUUUAAAAUUGAAUCUGCGCGCUGGUGUGCAUACAAAAUACCGACAUGUUGACUUGAACCUGGACGCAGCAGUCCAGCACAGCUGUGACUGCGAUGUGAAAAAGUUGAAUGGGAUGUUAGGGCCAGAGUCUCAACUUGAUCCCAAAAUAGCGCUGCCGGCUAGAACCCCACAGUAUCACCGGCACUUGAUGCUGAUAUCUCCACCAAGCUCUCCAGGUCAGGACCCGUCAUGGAAAUCGGGCUGGCAAAGCAAACUGGAGCUGAACACCCAAUGGCCAUAUUCGGCCAUUGAUGAGCUAAAAUCGCAUCUAAAGCACACACACAGAGGCGAAGGAAUUCUUAUAAACGCUAUUUCCGUGACUCGUGGACCUCUUGCUGAUAUACCGUCAACACCUGGUAAAGCAAGCUUCUUAGCUAUCCCUGACAUGAAAGUAUACGACGUGGGAAGCAGUGAACUUCAGGAGUUCGCUAAUUUUGUUGGGGAAGGCGAGGUCCAGGGUCACGAUAAGGUUUCCUUCCAAAACUUUUUACAAGGUGCAAAUGCUGCUUCCAAGCUCCUAGAUGCGCGAGCAAGUUCCAGUGGAGGACCUGCCUUUAGAGAGUUUCGAGGUCAAGAUUAUCGAAGGGACAUUACUUUGGUCUGCGGUCACCACCAGCGAGACGCCAGAUGCGGCGUUAUUGCUCCAAGACUAAUACAAGAACUCGAUCCUCUGGUGGAUUCUGACUUGGCCGUCAUCUCACACAUAGGCGGGCACAAGUUUGCAGGGAACCUUAUUCUCUACAAGUUUCUAGGGAUCGGCUCCGAUAAAGUGGCCAAGGUUGACGGACUAUGGUUUGGUAAGAUCCUUCCUUCCACAGUACCUACGCUUAUAGAGCAUUUAGAGAGAGGAGAAAUCAUCACACCAUGGUUCCGCGGUGGGUGCUCAUUGAAAAGUAAAUCUCAUCCUGUAUAA